AUGGAGGAGUCUCAGCAACAUGACCUGCACACGAUGACCUUUGAGAAAGAUGAUCCCCUCGAGAGCACCAGCCCUCAGAUUUCUGUUAGUGAAUUUUCUUGCCACUGCUGUUACGACAUCCUGAUUAACCCCACCACCUUGAACUGUGGGCACAGCUUCUGUCGGCACUGCCUAGCUUUAUGGUGGACCUCUUCAAAGAAAACAGAGUGUCCAGAAUGCAGAGAAAAAUGGGAAGGUUUCCCCAGAGUCAAUAUUCUCCUCAGGGAUGCCAUUGAAAAAUUAUUUCCUGAUGCCAUUAGGAUGCGAUUUGAAGACAUUCAGCAGAAUAAUGACAUAGUCCAGAGUCUUGCAGCCUUUCAGAAAUAUGGGAAUGAUCAGAUUUCUUUAGCUCCCAACACAGGCCGAGUGAAUCAGCAGAGAGGAGGGGGAUUCUUUUCAGGAGUGCUCACAGCUUUAACUGGUGUGGCAGUGGUCCUGCUCGUGUAUCACUGGAGCAGCAGGGAAUCCGAGCACGACCUCCUGGUCCACAAGGCCGUGGCCAAAUGGACGGCGGAAGAGGUUGUCCUCUGGCUGGAGCAGCUGGGCCCCUGGGCCUCUCUCUACAGAGACAGGUUUUUAGCCGAAAGAGUAAAUGGAAGAUUGCUUUUAACUUUGACAGAGGAAGAAUUUUCAAGGGCACCAUAUACCAUAGAAAACAGCAGCCACAGAAGAGCCAUCCUCAUGGAAUUGGAGCGUGUCAAAGCACUAGGCGUGAAGCCCCCCCAAAAUCUCUGGGAAUAUAAGGCUGUGAACCCAGGCAGGUCCCUGUUCCUGCUGUAUGCCCUCAGGAGUUCCCCCAGGCUUGGUCUGCUGUACCUCUACCUGUUUGACUACACAGACACCUUCCUACCCUUCAUCCACACCAUCUGUCCUCUGCAAGAAGACAGCUCCGAGGAGGACAUCCUCACCAAACUUUUGGAUCUUAGAGAGCCCACAUGGAAGCAGUGGAGAGAAUUCCUUGUCAAAUACUCCUUCCUUCCGUACCAGCUGAUUGCUGAAUUUGCUUGGGACUGGCUAGAAGUCCAUUAUUGGACGUCUCGAUUUCUCAUCGUCAAUGCCAUGUUACUCUCGGUUCUGGAAUUAUUCUCCUUUUGGAGGAUCUGGUCAAGAAGUGAACUGAAGACUGUGCCUCAGAGGAUGUGGAGCCAUUUUUGGAAAGUAUCAACACAGGGGCUUUUUGUGGCCAUGUUCUGGCCCCUCAUUCCUCAGUUUGUUUGCAACUGCUUAUUUUACUGGGCCCUGUACUUUAACCCAAUUAUUAACAUUGAUCUUGUGGUCAAGGAAGUCCGACGGCUGGAAACCCAAGUUUUUUGA